AUGAAUACAGAAGAUAGAGAAAAACUAGAAAAGAUUAAGUUUCAAUUAUUAUCAGAGCUUGAUAAACAUAAAUAUUCGAAGGAUUCUUUACGUUUUAAUAAAAAUGAUAUUAUUGAUCUGAUUGAACGAGUAAAAACAGGACGAUAUAAAGCAAUACAGAGUGCAAGACGAUGGCAAGAAGAAUAUAUUGUUACAAAAGAACUUAUGAUGUACUUUUUUAAGUAUUUAGUGGCGUUUUCAACAACAAUGACAACGUUUUCCCAACGUUUAUAUAUCUUAUAUCUUAUUAAUGACAUAUUAAGUCAUUCUUUUAAGAAUAAUAAUAUGGAUAUUGCACUAGAAAUGAAAUCAUCACUUUUGUCUCUUCUUCGUUUGGGAUAUUAUGCACCAGAAGCGGAAAAAGAUAAGAUAGAAGAUCUUUUAAAUCUUUGGAAUGAGAAAAAAUAUUUUACAGAGAUUACGAUGAAAGCUACACAUGCGGGAUUAAUGGUUCCAUUAGCUCAAACAUCUUCAAAACCAAAUUUCUCUAAUACUCCUAAAAAUCAUGAUUAUAUUAAACCUUUUCAACACGGAAGACAAGGAGCAUCAUAUUGGGAAUUACCAGCUGCUUGCAUGAUUCCACUUUUGCCUGAUGCUAGCGUCAUAAAAGAAUCUAUACACUCGUAUAUAAGUAUACCUCCACAUUUAUGUCAACCAAUUACAUUACCAAGUCAUACUUCUCCAGAAUUAUUAGAAGCACUUAAUACUUUUUACAAAGAAGAAAGCAUGGAUCUAUGGGGUUUUAAGGAAAAUUCUGAUACAGAAAAUCAAGAUAUUGAUUACGAAGGUUGGUCUAAAAAAUUUUGGGAAAAAAGAAAAGAGAAAGAAAAGAAGACAUCAUUUAGUUGUGAACAAGAAUAUGAUGCAAAUAGUUCAGGAUUAUCGUCUUUUGAAUCAAGCAGAUCAAAGGAAAGAUCAGAAUCUAACUCAUCUUGGUCAUAUUUAUCUCCAUCUCGUUCAAAAACUCUCUCGAGAUCACAUUCAAGGUCUCCAUCACCAUCACAAUCUCAAAAAGAUAUCUUUUUGUCGAAUUUUCAGGAUGUUAAAAAAAAAAAUUAUGAAGAGCAAUAUGACAGUAAAAUGUAUUCUGUUUCAACAGAAAUAUCAACAGUUCCACCACAACCAUCUUCAACAGCACAUUUUUCAGAAAAACCUCAAACAAUAGAUAAUUCUAAGAGUCAGAGAACCAAAGAAAUUGCUAUUAAAAGGGGCUGGAGAGUAAGAUAA